CACAAAAUACCUAUAUUUUAUUUUUUGUUUGACGUUUAAAUGUACCUACCUACAGUUAAAAGUUUAAUUUGGUAUUUUUAAAAACGCUCAGCAGUGAAAUGGUUACUUCCGGUAUCGUCUGUUCAAUACUUUCGCUUUAUAAGCUCUUCCAAUGUUAUUCAGGUGAGAAAAGGGACAAAUGCUGUGGUUUGUGUGAGUCACAAGAAGGGAAAUGGCUUCCUCUCAGAUCCGCCUCAAAAUCCUCCCCAGUGUCCGCUGCCUGGCUGACAAAGUGGUCCAAGUGAAAGUGGAGGGUCUUGCUCCCCACAAAGCAGUACAGUUAAGGUCCAGGCUGGUUGAUGACAAAGGGGUGCUUUUCAAAGCUUCUGCCCUAUACAAAGCCGAUGAAAGUGGCUUGGUAGACGUGAGUAGCGACCCCUCUCUGGGUGGGAGCUACACUGGAGUGGAGCCCAUGGGUUUACUGUGGGCCAUGGCACCAGAAACUCCACACAAAAAAGUUGUGAAGAAGAACGUGCUGAGCCCGACCCUAAUUGAGAUAGCGGCGCACAACGGCGACACUGGAGAACUCCUGGCUUGUGAAAGCAACGAGCGAGGAUACAUGGCGGAGGGCAUGAAGAGAAUCCCUGUGCAAGAGGGAAGAGUGCGAGGAGUUCUGUUUAUACCUCCAAGAAAGGGUCCAUUCCCUGGAAUCGUGGAUUUAUAUAUUUUAGGUGGAGGCCUCAAUGAGCAGAGAGCCAGCCUCUUAGCAAGCAAAGGUUUUGUUGUGCUGGCGCUGGCUUAUUAUGGUUAUCAGGAUUUGCCCAAGAAACCCAAGAAUCUGGAUUUGGAAUAUUUUGAAGAGGCUGCAGUGUAUUUACAGAAUCAUCCUGAGGUGAAAGGUCCCGGCAUAGGUGUCAUAUCAAUGUCUCAUAGCGGCGCUCUGGCUUUGUCCAUGGCGUCUUUUUUCUCCGGCAUCUCGGCGACGGUCUGCAUUAACGGCUGCAAUGGAAAUACUGUAAUUCCAUUACAUUACAAAGACAUUGUCAUACCGCCACUUCCACCCGUCGUCUGGAAAGUUCGAAUGAGCAAAUCAUGGAUUGUUGACAUACGUAACGUCACGCCGGAUGCGAGCCUGAAGAAAAAUAGAGCGUCUUUGAUUCCAAUAGAGCGCGCCAACUGCCACUUUCUGUUUGCCGUUUCGGAAGACGACCACAACUGGAACAGCGCGCUUUUCGCCAAGCAGGCCGCGGGGAUUUUGAGAAGUCACGGCAAGGAAUCGUUCCAAGUGGUUUCCUAUCCGAAAGCUGGACACUUUUUGGAGGUCCCUCACACGCCUUUUUGCCCGUCUUCCUUCCAUGCAGCGGUAGGACGCGCCGUGGUGUUUGGUGGGGAGCCAAAAGCCCACUCAGAGGCUCAGCUGGACCUGUGGGAGCGAGUCCAGGAGUUCUUUAAGAAACACUUGAACACCAGUACCUAUUUAUAAGUGUGUCAGGUGUCCGCAUUUAGAAGUCAAAACAUGAGAAACACCCAAGGUGGUUCAUUUGUGUCUUUAUUCCGAAAUAUUUUUUUGACACUAAAUUAUUGUUGCAACAUUUUUUGCCUUUGAAUUUUGUGCAAUGAAGUUUCAAAUUAUUAUAUAUGUGUGUAAAAUACAGUGUUUUAAAAUUCACUAAGUAAAAAUUCAGUGAAAAAAAAAACAGUAACAAAUAUUUCUGCACUGAAUUUUUUCACAAUUAAUUUUUUUCACUGAAUGUUUUUUUUUUUUUUUAACAUGAAUUUUUACACACUGAAUUCUAAAACACUAUUUUAGCAAACUACAAUUUUAAACACAAUUUUUUCUCACAAAUGUUACUAUUGUCAGCAUAAUAUUAUUUACAUAAAUUCAGUGUCCAAAAAAAGCUUUCAUAAUAAAGACAAAUUAACAUAAACACUCCUCUGCAUAACCUGCCAUGAUUAACCAAAACCCUAAAUUAGUCUUCGAAAUGAUCAACAUCUA